UAGUGAGAAGCCACCAUUAGAUUUCUAGGUAUUACGUUUACUGCCUUGAGUACAUAGGUCAAUUGGGUUAGCUUUAGCUACCUUUGGGGAGCCUGCUUGCUAUUUUACUGAGUUUUCUUUUACCGUUUUCUUGUAUUUUUUUUCUUGCGAAUUAACCUGCUGCGUAAAUAAGAAUUGGUAAUAUUUAGGAUAUAAGUGACUUAUUUCCUCUGCUAAAAACAUUUGAAAUGGGUGAAUUAAGAGCUGUGGUCAAACUGGCAAUCUUAACUGUGGUUAAUGGCCAUUUUAUAUUUGAUGAGGAAGAUGAGGAUGAGGGCAACCACAAACAGGCAACAAUUCUGGAAAAAAUUGAGAACUUUGCUGAGGUAACUGUUCCUCAGUUUUCUGACAGGCAGUUUCAACAACAUUUUAGGAUGUCCCCAACUACUUUUGAGGACUUGCUUGAAAAGCUGUCGGUGGUAUUUCAUAAUAGGCCUGAUGGUCCAGGACGGUUUCCUGUUCCAAUGGAAAAACAGGCUAUGAUUGCUCUAUGGUGCUUGUCCAAUUUGAAAAGCUUUCGGACCUGCCAUUCUAUCCUAGCAUUAAAUCAGCAUUUUGGCAUAAUAGCCUGGCCUACUGGAGAAAACGCAUUAGGAAUUAUCAGAUGUUUUCAAGAAAUUAGCGGAUUUAAAGGGGACAAUCCUGAACAUCUAUUUAAUUUGGAAGAAGAAUUGGAGGAAGAGAGAAGAGUUAAUGGCGCAAACAUUUUGGAGUUACCUCAAAACAAUCAACCCGCUUAUCUGCUUAUCCAUUUCUUCCUCAUCAUGGAUUUCGUCACUUCCACUUGA